UCAGUCAAGUGAAUAUAAGUCUCUUAGAAUGUGUCACAGAAUGCAAAUAAAUCAUAUUUUUAUUUUUACUUUGUUAUUAUUUUUACUAUCAUUGGCAAUGACUGAUACGAAUAAUAACAAUAAUAAUAGUUCUAAUAAUUCUAAAACUGAAUUAGAGUUACCAACUGAAGUGUUGACUAAAAAAUUUAUACCUUUUAAUGAACAUAUAGAGACUGUUGAAAGUACAAUCAUCAAUGUGCCCGUUCGCUGUCCCCCUAGUAUGGUAAAAGUUGGAAAACGGUGUCGAACUAUUUUCUAAAUAAGGAGAACCAGAAAUCAUGUUUAAUUAAUAAAAUUAUCACUCGGGAUGGCCCCCUACAGCUCCGUGUACUUGGGCAUCUGGGGAGUUUUUAUAUUUGUUCUGAUAAAAGAAUCAAGACCAGUCAGUUGGGAAGAAUGGUGGACGUAUGAUGGAAUUUCCGGGCCGGCGUUUUGGGGUUUAAUUAACCCAGAAUGGUCACUUUGUAAUAAAGGACGUAGACAAUCUCCGGUAGAUCUCGAACCUAAGAGACUACUUUUCGAUCGCAAUCUUCAACCGCUUCAUUUAGACAAACACGCGAUACGAGGAAUUCUCGCAAAUACUGGCCACGGAGUAGUUUUCUCCGUAGACAAUGGUACACAACAUCCCGUCAAUAUAUCAGGCGGGCCGCUGAGCUAUCGCUAUCAGUUUCAUGAAAUUCACUUGCAUUACGGGAUGAGUGAUCAUCUGGGAAGCGAACAUACUGUAGAUGGCUAUGCAUUUCCCGCUGAGAUUCAAAUAUUUGGAUUUAAUUCUCAACUCUACAGUAAUUUUUCCGAUGCUCUUCAUCGGCCUCAAGGAAUUGUUGCAGUUUCGUUGUUACUUCAGCUGGGAGACCUCUCGAAUCCCGAGCUAAGACAGUUCACAGAUAAAUUGAACGAAAUUAAAUUUGGAGGAGAGGUCACGGAAAUUACUCGCUUCGCUGUACGAGAUCUUUUACCGGACACGAAUCACUACAUGACGUACGAGGGCUCCAUUACUAUGCCAGCCUGUCAUGAAACCACAACAUGGAUUAUUCUCAAUAAACCAAUAUAUAUUACUAAGCAGCAGCUCAUCGCUCUAAGAACUCUGAUGCAAGGUGAGAAGCGACACUCAAAAGCACCAUUGGGGAAUAAUUUCAGACCACCACAAGUACUGCACCAUCGUCCUGUACGAACGAAUAUCGAUUUUAGUGUGCAGGGAGUAAAAAAUUGCCCGACUAUGUAUCGAGAUAUAUAUUACAAAGCAAAUAGUUGGGAACUAUCCGACUAAAUGAGAUAUUAUUAAAUGAAGUGCUGCUGUACAUGCUUUUUCAAGAGUUAUAAACUUUAUUGUAUAAAAAAAAUUCAACAUAUCAAUGCGCGUAAAACCACGUGGCACGAUUUUGUGCAUAUACUAUAUAUGAGUAAGUCAACAAAAUGAAGAAAUAAAGAAGAUAUUAAUUGAACGAUAACUGCGCCAAUAUAACAUCAAAAAUGCUUUGUUGCAAUACUUAUUAGACCUCAUUUGCCAAUUAUGUUUU